GGCUCUUCCCACUGUGAGUCUUCCGCUCGGAGCUGUGAACUCCUCCGUCGGCGUCUCCUUGCCCGUGGACUUCAGAGCCAUGGCAACGGAGGAGAAGAAGCCAGAGACCGAGGCUGCCAGAGCACAGCCCACCCCUUCGUCAUCGGCCACGCAGAGCAAGCCUACACCGGUUAAACCAAACUAUGCUCUAAAAUUCACCCUGGCCGGCCACACGAAAGCUGUGUCCUCCGUGAAAUUCAGCCCGAACGGGGAGUGGCUGGCAAGUUCAUCUGCAGAUAAACUCAUUAAAAUUUGGGGAGCAUACGAUGGAAAAUUUGAGAAGACCAUAUCUGGUCACAAGCUGGGAAUAUCAGAUGUGGCCUGGUCAUCAGAUUCUAACCUCCUUGUUUCUGCCUCAGAUGAUAAAACCCUAAAGAUUUGGGAUGUGAGCUCGGGAAAGUGUCUGAAAACCCUAAAGGGACACAGUAAUUACGUCUUCUGCUGUAACUUCAACCCCCAGUCCAACCUCAUCGUCUCAGGCUCUUUUGAUGAAAGUGUAAGGAUAUGGGACGUGAAAACGGGGAAGUGCCUCAAGACUUUGCCUGCGCACUCGGAUCCAGUCUCAGCUGUUCAUUUUAAUCGUGAUGGAUCCUUGAUAGUUUCCAGUAGCUACGAUGGUCUCUGUCGGAUCUGGGACACGGCCUCGGGCCAGUGCUUGAAGACGCUCAUCGAUGAUGACAACCCUCCCGUGUCCUUUGUGAAGUUCUCUCCGAAUGGCAAGUACAUCCUGGCCGCCACCUUGGACAACACGCUGAAGCUCUGGGACUACAGCAAGGGGAAGUGCCUGAAGACGUAUACCGGCCACAAGAACGAGAAAUACUGCAUAUUUGCAAACUUCUCUGUGACUGGUGGGAAGUGGAUCGUGUCUGGCUCGGAAGAUAACCUGGUGUACAUCUGGAACCUCCAGACGAAGGAGAUCGUACAGAAGCUGCAGGGCCACACAGAUGUUGUGAUCUCCACGGCGUGCCACCCGACGGAGAACAUUAUCGCCUCAGCCGCGCUGGAGAACGACAAGACGAUUAAGCUCUGGAAGAGCGACUGCUAGGCCGCCAGCGAGCCGUGGAGGGACUGUCGGGAGGUUGAUGCGGAUUGGCAGGAGUGAGGUGUCCAGAGGGCUUCCCCCCAGUCUGGCCUGGGGAUCGGGGAGGGGCCUGGAUUUGAGCCGCCUCUGAAGACGAUUUGGCUGAGGGGGGGGUGUCUACCACCAGAAAGUUCUAGAAGUUGCUGGUGACGUUUCUUGCCGAUUCCUCUCACACUGUCUGGAGAAGAGUUCCUAGUCUGUAUUGUGUUCCAAGUCAACAAAAGUUUUUAAUUUUUUAUUACAAAGGGUGAAGUUCAAUUUUUCAUGAGUUGUGUUUUUUUCCAGUAAACGUUCUGUACCUUUUAUGCUGUUUUA